CGUCAUCCUUGUACCCCUUCCUACAACCAACCCUUCUCUCUCCUCUCUCUCCCUCCCCCCCUCCGCCACCCCCGCCCCUGUGAUUGCGAUCGCGCCUCUGGUUCUCACCUCCCUGUUUGUCUUGUAGCACGAACAAACGAGUGGUGCACAAGGCGUCGUUCAACAACGCGUCACUCCUCUCCCCCCCCCCCCCCGUCUGGCCCAUUUCGUGCUUGAUAACCCACACCUUGUUGUCCAACAACAAGCACCUCCUUUGCUCAAACAACAACCUGCAUCACCCACACCCCGUACCCUCCCCUACAGGGGUGUGAUUCACCAUGCAGCAACAGAACGACGUUACGGACAUUAUCAUUGACGAGAGCCCGGCCCCGCUCGAGGUUGAGGAGCUGCCAAACGUCCAUGACUAUGAGGCCUUUGCGGCCAAGGCCAUGCCUGACCUGGGCCUUGAGAUCGAGGACUUCCAGUCUCAGACCUGGCGCAUUGAGAACUGGAGCCAGCAGCCCAAGCGCCUGCAGGGCCCGGAGUUCAGCUGCGGUGGUCACAAAUGGCGCAUCCUCCUCUUUCCCCAGGGCAACGCCAAUGGCCAGCCCAAUGACAUGGUCUCCGUCUACCUAGACUACGCGAAUCCCAAAACGGCCCCCGAAGGAUGGCACGCCUGCGCCCAGUUCUGCCUGGCCAUCUCGAACCCUUGGGACCCAACAAUCCACAACUCGAGCCAUGCCCACCACCGUUUCGUGGCCGAGGAGUGCGACUGGGGCUUUACGAGAUUCGCCGACCUGAGGAAGUUGCACACGGCCGACGCCGCCAACGGCAAGACGCGCCCGACUAUCGAGAACGAUGAGGUCGAGAUCACUGCGUUUGUCCGUGUCCUCAAGGACCCAACGGGUGUUCUCUGGCACAACUUCGUCAACUACGACUCGAAGAAGGAGACCGGCCACGUUGGACUGAGGAACCAGGGGGCAACCUGCUACAUGAACUCGUUGCUGCAGUCCCUCUACUGCACCAACUACUUCCGCCAGGCCGUGUACCAAAUCCCUACCGACCAGGAUAUCCCAUCAGAAUCUCUUGCCUUGGCACUGCAGCGUGUCUUCUACCACCUCCAGACGUCCAACCAGCCUGUUGGAACAACCGAACUGACAAAGUCGUUCGGAUGGAAGUCGCUCGACUCGUUCAUGCAGCAUGACGUCCAGGAGUUUAGCCGCAUUCUUCAGGACAAGCUCGAGGCCAAGAUGAAGGGCACACCAGCCGAGGACGCCAUCCCCAAGCUCUUCAAGGGGCAGAUGAAGAACUACAUCAAGUGCAUCAAUGUUGAUUUCGAGUCGUCUGUCAUUGAGGACUUCUAUGACAUUCAGCUCACCAUCAAGGGUCUGAAGAACCUGCGUGACUCCUUCCGUGACUACGUCUCGGUCGAGACGCUGGAUGGCGACAACAAGUACCAUGCCGAGGGCUUUGGCCUCCAGGACGCCAAGAAGGGUGUCAUCUUCAAGCAGUUCCCUCCUGUGCUUCACCUCCAGCUCCGUCGCUUCGAGUACGACGUUGAGAAGGACGCUCUUGUCAAGAUCAACGACCGCCACGAGUUCCCCUUCGAGAUUGAUCUCGCAGAGUUCCUCGACGAGUCGGCGGACCGCUCCGUGUCGCACGUCUACAAGCUCCAUGGUGUCCUCGUCCACUCUGGUGACCUCCACGGCGGCCACUACUUUGCGCUUAUCAAGCCGGAGAAGGACGGCCGUUGGUUCAAGUUUGACGAUGACCGCGUUACGCCCGUUACCGACAAGGAGGUCCUCGAGGACAACUAUGGCGGUGACAUGCUCAACGGUCUCGUUCCUCCCCACCAGCGCACUCAGGCGCGCACCCUCAAGAAGUUCACCAACGCCUACAUGCUGGUUUACGUCCGCGAGACGGAGCUUGACACCAUCCUCGCGCCCUUCACCGAGGCCGACACUCCUCCUCACCUCAAGGAGCGCCUUGAUGCCGAGCGCGAGCAGCUCGAGGCCAAGAAGCGUGAGAAGGACGAGCAGCACCUGUACCUCACCGCCAAGGUCAUCACCGACGAGAUCUUCAAGGCCCACCAGGGCUUUGACCUUGCCUCGUUUGAUGACAAGAACCUUCCCGCCACGGAGCUUCCCACUUUCCGCGUCCUCAAGAACGAGACGUUCGCGAGGUUCAAGGAGCGUAUUGCAGGGUACUUCAAGAUUCCUGAGCGUGACUUCCGUCUCUGGGUUCUCGUCAACAGGCAAAACAAGACUAUUCGUCCCGAUGUGCCCAUCACGGACGAGGCAAACAACCAGACCAUGGAGUUCAUCCGCAACAACAUGGCUGCCCGUGCCGCCGACUUGCGCCUGUACCUCGACUACAACCCUGACCACGCCAAGUUCAAUGCCCAGCACGCCGACCCGAACAACCAGCCUAUCAUGAUCUUCCUCAAGUGGUUCGACGUCUCGAAGCAGACGCUUUACGGCGAGGGCAAGUUCUUUGCCAACAAGAACAGCAAGGUGUCGGACCUCUACUCUGAGAUUCAGGAGAGGAAGGGCUGGCCAUCGUCGACCCCCAUCAAGCUGUACGAGGAGAUCAAGGCCGGCAUGAUCGAGGGCAUGAAGGUCAAGCAGACCUACUACCAGAACGAGAUCCAGGACGGUGACAUCAUCACCUUCCAGGUUGACCAGACGGAGAAGGAGGUCCAGGACCGUGAGGCCCAGUCGCUCUACUCGAGCGUGCCUCAGUUCUACGACUUCCUCCAGAACCGCGUCCUCGUGCAAUUCAAGCCCAGAUAUGACGACGGCACCAACCCCGAGGGUAGCGAAUUCCAGCUCAUGCUGAGCAAGAAGAUGAACUACGAACCCAUGGCACACCGUGUUGGCGACCACCUGAAGCACGAUCCUCUCAAGCUGCGCUUCACAUCGUCAAACCCCCAGUCUGGAGCGCCCAAGGCCGUUAUCAAGCGGGCCUUGAACCAGAGCGUUGCCGACAUCACUCAGACCAACUACUACAGCCAGCACCCCAACGUUAUCCUGUACUACGAACUGCUCGAUAUCAGCAUCAUCGAGUUAGAAACGAAGAAGUCGCUCAAGGUUGUGUGGACUGGCCGCAACAACAAGGAGGAGUCGACCCACUCGUUCCUGUUGCCCAAGCCCAGCACAUUUAGCGAUGUCGCCGACCACCUGUUGCGAGCAGUCAAGUUGCAGCCUGGUGGAUCGGGUAAGAUUCGUGUGUUUGAGGCCUCGAACGGUGGCCGUCAGCAGCGCGAGCACACGUCUUCGGAGCUGAUCGGCAACCUGCCCGACCCCGCCGAGCUGUUUGCUGAGGAGAUUCCUCUUGAGGAGAUCAAUGCUGGUGACAACACCAAGAUUGUCAACCUCUUCCACUACUCGCGCGACCCAACCAAGACGCACGGUGUGCCUUGCAAGUUUGUUGUCAUUGAGGGCGAGAAGUUCUCGGACACCAAGGCGAGGAUACAGGAGAGGAUCGGCGUUUCGGACAAGGACUUUGCCAAGUACAAGUUUGCCCUUGUCCAGUCGACCGUCUACAAGCAGCCCUCGCCAGUGGAAGAAGAUGAUGUGCUGUAUGACCACAAGUGGGCGGCGGACGACGCAUUGGGCCUUGACCACCUGGACAAGAGACCCAACAAGGUCAACGCCGAGAAGGGUAUUGUCAUGCGAUAGGGGAAGAGAUACAGGUUGAGAGAAGCGACAGCGAAGAGCGCCUUACGUCCAUCACAUGUUUUCACUUUCCAAUCAUACCCCGCACACACUGCCCUUCUUGUCCCUUCGUUCCGCCUCUGCCUCGCCUGCCCGUGCCCCGGUCGCCCAGCUGCCGACUUUGUCUCGGGAGACAGCCAUGAGCCUGGAAGACAGAAAACAGCUGUUACUGCUGGCAAUAUGUGGCUGAACCUGUGGCUGUGGACACCCUCCCCCCCCCCCCCCCAUCCGUCAAUACCGUGUUUGUACCGAAAAAUGGAGAAGAGAUC